UGCGGGGUGCGGCAGGGGGGGUUAAGCUCGCCUCGGCUCUUCAGCCUGUACAUGAACCGGCUCAUCGAGGAGCUCAGCAACACCAGCGUAGGAUGCUCAGUAGACGGAGUUUGCAUAAACAACAUCAGUUAUGCGGAUGAUAUGGUGUUGCUCAGCCCCUCGAUUAGUGCGUUACAGAAAAUGUUACACAUCUGUGAGUCAUACGCCGAGGUCCAUGGACUUAAAUAUAACGCAGACAAGAGCGAGUUCAUGGUUUUCAAGGCUGGCACUAAAACAUAUCUCGAUGUACCACCUGUCAGGUUAUAUGGGGCGCCGUUAAAACAAGUACAACAAUUUAAAUAUUUAGGCCACUGGGUCACCGAUGACUUAAGCGACAAUCUUGAUAUAGAGAGGGAACGUAGGGCGCUGGCUGUGCGUUGUAAUAUGCUGGCCCGGCGGUUUGCACGUUGUACUGAUAAAGUCAAAGUAACCCUUUUUAGGGCGUACUGCCAAUCUUUUUACACGUGCAGCCUUUGGGUCAGACAUACGCAGCGUGCAUACGGCGCCCUGCGUGUCCAGUAUAAUGAUGCGUGUAGGGUGCUGUUCGGGCUGCCACGACACUGCAGCGCCUCCACGAUGUUUGCGGAGCGGCAAAUUGAUGGCUUUCACGCCGUAAUCAGGAAACGGGCCGCCUCGAUGAUGAGGCGUGUGCGUGGCUCCACGAACACCAUCCUGCAAACACUGGCUGAGAGGUGGGACUCCCCGAUACUGCGGCGAUGGAUUCAGCUCCAUACCGCAGUGGGGAAAUAAAUUUAAAUAAGUGUAGGUACCUUUACUAACAUAGUUUUAAGAAUUACCUAAUGUUACUAACAUAUUUAAUUAUACUUUACUUAAUUUUAAUUUUAUUGUAAUUAUCUUAUUGUAAAUGGAAUGUACAUAUAUGGAAUUUUAUUCUGAAAUAAAUUAUUUGAAUUUGAAUUUGAAUU